AUGAGGGCUUUGCUAGUCGUUGGUGCCGCGUACCUGUGCUGUGCUCUAGCUGCGGAGCCCGCCAAGAAGGAGGCCGUGGAAGCGACGCAGGAGAUCAAAAAGCAGGAUAAACGCGGCGUGCUGUUGGGUGAUGGUGGUCAUGAUUUCGGUGGAUUUGGAGGUGGUGGUUUCGGUGGCCACGAGGAAUAUGGCGGUGGUGAUUUAGGCGGCCAUCAAGAACACCACGAGCACGUUAAAACCGUGGUGGUUGAGAAAAAAGUACCGGUGCCUUAUACUGUGCACAAACACGUUCCGUAUACAGUUGAGAAAAAGGUACCUUACGAAGUUAAAGUUCCGGUUCCACAACCUUACACUGUAGAAAAGAAGAUACCGGUGCCAGUGAAAGAAAUCGUUAAAGUACCUUACUUGGUACCCCAACCGUAUGAGGUUAUCAAGAAAAUCCCUUACGAAGUUAAGGUACCCGUGCCUCGUCCUUACGAAGUAAAAGUGAAUGUUCCUCAACCCUACACCGUUGAAAAGAAGAUUCCGUACCCAGUCAAAGUACCUGUGCCAGAACCUUACAUCGUCGAAAAGAAAAUACCAGUGCCGUACAAAGUCGAAAUUCCAGUGCCUCAACCCUACACUGUUGAAAAGAAGGUGCCUUAUGAAGUCAAAGUGCCAGUUGACAGGCCUUACGCAGUUCACGUACCUAAACCGUACACUGUCACCGUCGAAAAGCACAUCCCGGUACCGGUCGAUAAACCAAUACCUUAUGAAGUUAAAGUUCCCGUCGAUAAGCCUUACCCAGUUGAAGUUCCCAGACCAGUUCCGUACCACGUAAAAGUGCCAGUACCUCAGCCAUACACAGUCGAAAAGAAGUAUCCCGUUGAAGUUGAGAAACCAGUACCGUAUCCCGUCAAAGUACCAGUCGACAAACCCUACCCUGUGUACAAAGAAAUACCAGUACCUGUAGAAAAACCAGUUCCAGUUCCAGUUAAGAUCCCAGUUCACUAUCCAGUUCAUGUACAUUCUCAUCACGAACAUGCAGAUUUUGGGGGUGAAUUUGAGGGAUCUCAUGAUCACCAUUAUUAACAAAAUUGAUUGAUUGUUGCGAAACAUCUUACAUCUUUGUCUGAACUUUUUGUUAUUUACGCUACGGAUUGAACGAAAUCAAGGACCGUUGCGGGGUUGAUUUGCUCAAUUUAGAAGAAUAAGUUCUAAUA